UAGUGAAAGAGGAGGGAAGAGCUGUAGUUUCACACUGAGUGCGCCUCCUCUGUCAAGCUGCAGUGCCUUCUCUCUCUCUCGCUCUGUUGAGAGAAUGGAAGAAACAGAAAGCUAAGCAGAUGUUUAAAGUUUCGUUUCUCAUCCAAGCUGAUUCCCCUGUACAUUAACCACCUUCUAUCGCCAUCUCUCUGGGUGUGAUGUUCCAGAGGGGAGCGCUGUUAAGUGUGUGUUUGAGUGCAUAUGAACAUAAAUGCUGAGCAUAGCCGUUGGCAGUAGUACAGGAUUAAAGCACAACUUUUUGGAGUACACACACUGGAAGUUUCCCUCGUAUUUUCUCCAGUCAUGAAUGCUCUACCAGCUUACUCAGGAGCUAGAAUAUCUGGCUGUUGGACACUAAGAGCUGAUGGCAGUGGAGGCGGUGAUGGAUCGCUCGACCGGCUUCUCCCGUCACUAAGCCCAGGCCUUUCACCCAGGAAGAGGACCACCAGCCAGUGUAAGUCAGAGCCUCCUCUGCUACGCACCUCCAAACGAACCAUCUACACUGCUGGUCGCCCACCCUGGUACAAUGAACAUGGAGCACAGUCCAAAGAGGCUUUUGUCAUUGGUCUGUGUGGCGGCAGCGCUUCAGGAAAGACAACUGUAGCAAGGAAAAUCAUUGAAGCUUUAGAUGUUCCCUGGGUUGUACUACUCUCAAUGGACUCUUUUUACAAGGUCCUGUCCCCAGACCAGCAGACACUGGCUGCCAGUAACGACUAUAACUUUGACCACCCAGAUGCCUUUGACUUUGAUUUGCUUACACACACCCUGCGCAAACUCAAACUGGGCAAGAGUGUGAAAAUCCCUGUGUAUGACUUUACAACUCAUGGGAGACAAAAGGACUGGAAAACAGUGUAUGGAGCCAGUGUUAUCAUCUUUGAGGGAAUCAUGGCCUUUGCAGAUAAAGAACUGUUGCAGUUGCUGGACAUGAAGAUCUUUGUGGACACAGACUCUGACAUCCGUCUGGUGCGCCGAUUGCGGAGGGACAUCACAGAAAGGGGCCGAGAUAUCGAGGGGGUCAUCAAGCAGUACAACAAGUUUGUUAAGCCAGCUUUUGAACAAUACAUUGAGCCUACCAUGCGCCUGGCUGAUAUUGUGGUGCCACGUGGUGGCGGCAACAUGGUGGCAAUCGAUUUGAUUGUACAACAUGUUCACAGUCAGCUGGAGGAGCGGGAACUCAGCGUCAGGGCAGCCCUGGCUUCUGCACACCAGGCCCAACCCCUCCCCCAGACCCUCAGCGUUCUGGAGAGCACACCUCAAGUCAGGGGCAUGCAUACAAUCAUCAGAAACAAGGAGACCAGUCGCGACGAGUUCAUCUUUUACUCUAAGAGGUUGAUGCGCCUGUUGAUCGAGCGAGCCCUCUCCUUCCUCCCCUCACAGGUCCACGUAGUCCAGACCCCCCAGGGAGAGGAUUAUGAAGGCAGGACUUUCCACGGGAAGAGGAUCACAGGCGUGUCCAUCCUGAGAGCCGGGGAGACCAUGGAGCCGGCUUUGAGGGCCGUCUGCAAAGACGUCCGCAUUGGCAAGAUCCUCAUCCAGACCAACCAGGACACAGGAGAGCCAGAGCUCCAUUAUCUACGUCUACCGAAAGACAUCAGUGAAGACCAUGUGAUUCUAAUGGACUGCACAGUGUCCACUGGAGCUGCUGCCAUGAUGGCCGUACGAGUCCUGCUGGAUCAUGACGUGCAAGAAGACAAGAUCCUGCUGGUUUCUUUGCUCAUGGCUGAAAUGGGAGUCCAUUCAGUGGCUUACGCAUUCCCACAGGUCAAAAUCAUCACCACAGCUGUCGACAAGAAGGUCAAUGAUCUUUUUCACAUCAUACCCGGCAUAGGAAACUUUGGGGAUCGAUAUUUUGGAACAGAUGCACCGCCUGACUGGAGUGAUGAAGACAUGGAUGAGCCCAGUUACUAAAUUACUGUUUAAGGGAUUCGGGGGCUGCGCUCCUGCACAAUAUGAAGACGUACCGUUUGGCUCUGCAUGGCCGUUAACAUGCAUCCUUUAAUGCACAGACAGUAGAGCCCUGAAAAGAAGCUAAAAACAGGAAAAUAUAUUAUGUGCAGUUACUUUGUAUCAUUUUUUUAUAUUAUUUAAUUUUGUGUCCAAUAUAUUUUUAUUUGUACAGAAUGUAAUAUGAUCAAAGUCUGUUAGUGCUUAAAUUGUGACAAUCUCUAUUGAAAUUUGCAGAAAUGUUAUGAAAAGAUUUCUCUAGCCUUAAGCCACGUACUGUGGACGACACAGCUGAAUGUGAGAUCGUGACAUAAAAGGAAAAAAAGAAGUAAACUUUUAAAGGUUAUAUUUUUUUUUUAACCACACACCUUUCUCACAACUUUCACAAAAGUAAAAUCAGAACAUGAACUCAUGUUGCUCAACUUCCAUCGCCAUGAGCACUUUUUGAAGGACCAUUCAAUCGGAAAAUGUGUAGGUGUAUCUUUUUUUUUUUGUCUUUUUUUUUAGCUCACUGGUUCACUCUUUUCCUUCUCUGUGGAUGCUGACCUAAUCAGUUGAAAAGGAUGUUGAAAAGCAGUUUUCAUUAUACGGCUUUAAGGACGUACUCGUAUUUAUGCAGAAUGUCGCUCAUUUACAUAGUUUUUUACUAUGGAUGGUCCUGACCAGUCAGCAGGCAACUCGUAUGCCUUUGUGUUACAGUGAAAAUGGGUCGUCUUCAUUUAUGUGAAGUGUUUAUUUUAGUCUCUCAGAGCUGAAUUUAUCCCUCCACUUUUUUUUUUUUUUUUUUUAAUGCAGCACAUCAGGUUGUUUGUUAAAAAAGGGCUGCUGAGUUGCGGACACACAAACUCAAAAUAUCCACAGGUCACAGAGUCCUGGUAGUGCCUGAUCGAUUAACCUUCACGCUGAAAGUGAACAAGAUCUGUUAAAGUCACCGUCUGCUUAAGAUUCCUUCGCUCUUGUUGAAAACUGUUCCCUUUGCCGGACAUGAGGCACUUCGCUUCUUCAUCCAUGUGGGUGUAUGAGUCCUAGACAAUGAGGAAAGUUGUGUAUAAACUUGUACUGUUCUGAAAAAGUACACACAUACCGUUAUACAGUAUUUAUUUUGAUUUACAUUUUAUAGAAUUUCAGAACCGGUUAUUUGCUUUUUUGAGGAAAAGAAUCAUAAAACAAUAAAAGGAAAAAAAACAUGACAUUCAGUUUUUCUGUGACAGCAGCGAGUUGCUUUUGUUGCCUCUGAAUUACCUUUAAAUUUUGAUCCUGUGUCACUGUAUGCUAAAUGUGUGUUGCUGAAUACAGUUGCUCUGUGCAGGAAUGAA